AUGGCCAAUGAGAAGGAGCGUGCUAAGCAGAUCGCUGCGAAAUUUGGAGUGGAAAUCACGUUGGUACAUAAAGUACUCAACGGCGCGGCGGUUACCACAUGGAACUUGUUGGUGAAAGCGAGUGAUCCUUUGCCUCCUUGGGAAGCAUUUGUAAAAGAGCUAAAUAAAACCUUAUCGGCAGGGCAACAGCAACCGCGCCGAGGUCCCAUCAGAGGAAAUGGUGCACCGUCGUCUCGUCAGGUCCGGUACGCGCUAAGCGCUGCUCGCCAACAGAGUUUCACACCUUCAGAAACACACUGGCCCGGGAGCGGUGGAAGACUCCUUUCGCGCAAGUAUCACAGAACAGGAAAAAAUUCCGGAAACCAGCGCAACGAAAAUAGCUCCCCGACACCUCAGCAUUUGCGAGCGAGGAUGGAGAUUGCUACCGCUACGGACUCAAUAACCAAAGCCUCGUUGCCGGCACGACAAGUGCUGAGGCAGGUAGAAGACCUGAUUAUUCAUGCCUCCGCCAUGAUGAAUGGUGUACAACCUCCGGCAGCUGUCUUCGCAGAAAAGAUGGAGAAGAUUGUGACACACCUCGAAAAUUCUUUCCAACGAUAUGGCAGUCCAGCACUAGCCGAAAGCAACAAGAAAGCCAUCAGAGAUGACAUCAUACGACAUGCUGGCGAGAAGAGGAUGCUCGAGGAGAACGGCCUGCAAGAUGCCGAGAACGCACACGAGACACAGUUGGUGGCCGUUCUUACGACCUUUCUAUCACAAGUCAACACAUUAGUUGGACCGGUCGUUAAGGACUAUACCCCAAGUGAUCCCCCGCAGAUAGCCAGCGCUCUACCCGAAAGUGUGCAAUCUCCCACCCUUUGCUGUAUGGAUGGGCCUGAGCCAGCUCAUAACGGUGCAUGCCCUUCAUCAGGUGACACGAGGCAGAUUGCAAGCAGCGAACGGCGCCGGAGAGGCUCUAGCAAGGUCCGAGACCGACAGUAUGAGGCCGAAAUUGGUGAAAGCAUCGUCGUUGCCUCCAAUCAUCGCGACGAGGGCGAUCCUCCACGGCAAGUUCAAGCGGCAGAUCAGCCCCCGCUUCUGGAGUAUUCAGAUGCCGAAUCACAGAGUGGCGCCUCUAUUGUGUGGGAAGACUGGCGAAUAGGCCAAAUCAAGACAGCGCAAUUCACGAGCCCUAUCCAUCUCGGCCAGUGUUGGAGCUGGGAAGAGGAAAACGGAUGCUUGGUGUACCGAGUCAAACGCCAGGGUCCUUCAGAAUGGGUAGCUCCCAGUCUCAUUCGAUUUGACGUCAUGUGGAAAGACGUGAAAGAAGUCGAAGUGAGCAAGGAAUCGUGGAGGGCGAAGAUUAUUCUAAAGGAGAGCUUGUCCAGCGCUCCCGAAAACAGAGUAGUAAUGGUGGUUUUUGACGACAAGAAGACUGUACAACGAUUCACGGACUUCUGCCUCCACAAACGCCGCAAAGUCACUAGACUUGAACCUCCAACCAUGGUCAAUUUGUGGCGAGCAAUGGAAUCGCAGACUGUUUUGCCGGACAUCGAAUGA